CUCUUUCACUUCGUCGUAGGUUCUUACGUGGCGACCAUAUUUGUUCUGUAAAGAAGUCUAAAACAUUUAAUACUAACUUAAUAGUUUUCAAACUAAAAUUAAGCUCAAAAUGAAUCGUGGACGAUCUUUUAGUCGUGGAAAUGACUUUCGUGGACGCGGUAGCUAUGGUGGAAAUCGCGGAGGUGGCGGUUUCAAUAGCUUCCGUGGAAAGCAACAACCUGGUGAGAAUUUACGUAAAGCUAAAUUUGACCUGAGCACCAUGCAACCUAUUCAGAAAAAUUUCUACAAUGAGCAUCCGACCAUUACAAAUCUUGGUGAGGGUGAUGUUGAGGUAUUUAGAAAUUCCUUGGAAAUGAGUGUACGAGGCAGAAGUGUGCCCAGGCCUAUAAGCAGUUUUUUUGAAGGAAAUUUUCCCGAGUACAUCACUAGGGCCAUCAUGGAUCAAAAAUUUGAAAAACCUACGCCCAUUCAAGCUCAAGUUUGGCCUAUAGCCUUAAGUGGAAGAGAUCUUGUUGGUAUUGCACAAACCGGAUCUGGAAAAACUUUUGCUUAUGUUUUACCAUCAGUUGUUCAUAUUCAUAACCAGCCACGUUUAGAAAGAGGUGAUGGCCCUAUUGUUUUGGUUUUGGCCCCAACAAGAGAAUUAGCACAGCAAAUUCAAUCUGUGUGCUUUGACAUUGGACGUACAACUAACGUUAGGAAUUGCUGCAUUUUUGGUGGUGCUCCUAAAGGACCCCAAUUGAGAGAUGUUGAGCGAGGUGCUCAGAUUUGUAUAGCAACCCCAGGCCGCCUCAUUGAUUUUAUUGAGUGUGGUAAAGUUUCUUUGCGAAGAAUAACAUUCCUUGUGUUGGAUGAAGCGGACCGGAUGUUAGACAUGGGAUUUGAACCUCAAAUAAGAAAAAUUAUUGAACAAAUAAGACCGGAUCGUCAGACUCUCAUGUUUAGUGCUACAUGGCCAAAAGAAGUUCAAAAGCUAGCUGAAGAUUUCUUAGUGGAUUAUGUGCAAGUCAACAUUGGAGCUCUUCAGCUUUCUGCAAAUCAUAAUAUCACCCAAAUUGUUGAUGUUGUUGAUGAAACAGAAAAAGAUGAAAGAUUAAAUAAACUCAUUCAAGAGAUAAUGAAUGAAAAGGAAAACAAGACUAUUGUGUUUGCUGAGACAAAGAAAAGAGUAGAUGAUCUUACAAAACACAUGAGAAGGCAAGGAUUUCCUGCAAUGUGUAUCCAUGGCAAUAAAUCACAGCAAGAGAGAGAUUGGGUUUUAAAUGAGUUCAGAAAUGGAUCAUCACCUAUUUUAGUUGCUACAGAUGUUGCUGCUCGUGGUUUAGAUGUUGAUGAUGUAAAGUUUGUUAUAAAUGUGGAUUUUCCAAAUUGCUCGGAGGAUUAUAUCCAUCGCAUUGGAAGGACGGCUAGAUCAAACAAUACUGGCACAGCUUACACUUUCUUCACUUUUGGGAAUAUGAAACAAGCCAGGGACCUUGUUGAUGUUUUACAAGAAGCUAAUCAGAAAAUAAAUCCCAAAUUGAUGGAUCUGGUUGAAAUGUCCAAAUCAUUUGGGGGCGGAAGAAAUCGCAAAUGGGGAGGGAGGAAUGCUGGAGGCGGACGAGGCAGAUUUGAUGACAAGAGACAUAAUCCAUACGAUCGAAGAAAUGACUCUCGGGUGGAUAACAGAGGUAGCAGGUUCAGCAGCAAUAGAGAAAACACCAAAUAUGGAAAUUCCGGUUACAAAGGUAAUAGUGAUCGUGAAGAAUAUGGCAAUUCUAAUGGUCCUUCAAAAUUUGGAGGCCAUCAUGAUUCAAAAAAUGGCCGGUCAUAUAGCAGUGGCGGCUCUUCUGAAAAGUGGAGUGAUCGUAACAAUUACGGUAAUAGAAACCAAGGGAAUUUCGGCUCUCAGGCUUCCAAUUCCUACAAUGUACCACCAAAAGCUAACUCUGCUCCCAACUACACAUCUGGUCCUCCACAACAACCUACAUCUGGAGCGUAUAGAGCACCACCGUAUAACAGUAAUGCAUACAUGCAGAACUCACAUUCUGCUGCACCCAGUCAAAAUGGAUACUAUCAGUGAAUCUCUUUUGUGAUGCGUUAAAAUAUGUACUUGCUUUCUUUUACUAGCAUUCCUUUCAUGUUAUUUAUAUGGAAUCUUAUUUGUGCAAUCUUCUCAAAAUUUGUCUUUCUAUGAUUUUGUGAUGCAGUAUUGUAUGACACUUGACUCUUCUCACUUCAUUGUUUUGUUUGAUGUUUAAAUUAUGUAUUUUCCACUACUUAUUCAUCAUUCACAGUAGUUUUAUGGCUAUAAAUUUCAGAAGUGAUUAAGUUUCUGGUGUAUUUUAGUUGAAGUCUUGACUUAAAAAACUCUGGUUGCUAUUUUGAAGUAUUAUGCCUCUCAACAUUGAUUUUUAGAACACAUUUUUACGUGUGAAAGAUUUCAUAAUAGUAAUGUAUAUGUACAUUUAUUCUUAAUAUAGGAAAUCCACAGCACAAGACCUACACGUGAAAACCUCAUAUGCAACUCAGAUUUAAGUAAGACCCAUCUACCAUUCUUGUCAUACAGUAUUUUGAACUGUAUGUGCAUUUGUAAAUGUUUCACCAUUUUCUUUUCUAUUUUUUUUUUCUUGUCCAUAAUCAUCUAAGUCGAGAAUUUUUAAAUUGAUGCUUAUAUUGGACCAAUAGAUCGUAUUACACCAGCAUUUGUAAACCAAAUAGUUCAACAAUAUUAAAAUUUGAUUUGUACUGUACACGUACACUAUUUUCUUCUGUAAUAAGCAAAAUUCAUAUUUGUUAUGUUUCUUAAAUAUAUAUAUAUUGACUAUCCUUACACUAACUUUAUUUGAAAGAACAAAUACAAUAAUUGCUACGAAGUUCAUGUAUUUAUAUCCCAAGGCUUGGGGUUGCUGUAUUGAAUAAACUGAUUUUUAAGAUGAA